UGAUUGGAAGAUUUAGCCGGUUAGAAAUGGCCCUCAAAAUCGUCAUUAAAUAGCCAUGCAAAGUGAGUCUGUUGUGAUGUUAACGAAUGAGGACAAAAUACUUACGACGUUAAAGGAAUGUCUUUUUUCUUAGUGACGACUGACACCGGCGGUGUUCAUUUAUUUUGCUUGACGUUGGCGUUUGUUGCAUGGACAGCAUUUUCGGAAGUCAAUUUACAACUAACAGUAAUAGGAAAUAGGAAAUAACCUACGUUUAUGAAACCAUCCAAGCCACAGUCAAACCAAACCUCUAACUUAGAGGAAGAAAGCUACCCCUCCUUUGUAUCCUGAUGGCUGCCCUGAAGGGCCGAGCAGGUUACAGUGUCAUCGGGGAUAAGUCAGCAGAGUUCUACAAAGACCCCAUCGCGUUUGUCAACUGGCGUAUCAAAGAGUAUAAUUCAAGGGUGUUUCUGUCUCGGCUUCUCAACAAACCGACUGUAUUUGUCGGCACUAUCAACGGAGUGAAGGAGUUGACUGGAGCUAAGAACUGCCAUUUUGACAUGGGGUACCGGGCAUUUCUUCAGCCGGUAUUCGGCAAUAACAUCAUGUUUGAGACACCAGCUGAGGCAGCUAGACUUCACCAAGUCAUCCAUCGAUUGUACGGGGCUCAGACAGUACCCAGUGUAAAGAACCUUAUUCAGAGACUCACAGAAAAACACUUCAGCAAUCUUGAUAAAAGUCAUUGUGUGAGUGUGUACACACUCUUCAAGCGUUUUGCUACCGAGUUUUCCUUGGAGCUGUUCCUGGGAUUAGACGCUGAGAAACAUCCAGACUUGACUGAGAGUAUUAUUGACGUCACCACAACUCACUGGCAUGGAAUCAUCUCUGUUCCUCUAACUGUCAAGAUGUCAAUGUUUUCAUCCUCAUAUAGCAGAGCUCUUGAAGCGAAGGACAAAUUGUUGGGUAUCAUCAGAGACAAGCUGGCGCACACAAAGGAUGGUUCAUCCCUACAGAGUCUAACGGAGGCGGGGUUCCAGACAGCGGAGGAGUUGGAGCAGCACACAUUACUCUUCACUUCGGCUCUGGUACCCAAAGCUAUUGCCUCAAUGCUUACGUCAUUCCUCAUAGCCACUGGGGGAUCAGAAAAGGAAAUCUUGAGACAACAAGCAGCUGAAGAUGCUGAUUGUCUGAAUCACAUUCUGCUGGAGGUUGAGAGGUUAUGGCCGCCAAUCCUUGGGGGACGACGACUCACACUCGAGGAUUGUGUGAUCGAUGGGUUUAAGAUUCCUAAGGGCUAUGCUGUAGUUUACAUCACCCAUGCUGCCCAUCGAGAUCCAACAAUCUUCCCUCAACCAGAAACAUUCAAGCCAGAAAGAUGGAAAGACAGGACUUCAGAAGCAAGUAAUUUACUGUUUACAUUUGGUGGGGGAGUGCGUUCGUGUGUUGGAACAGCUCUAAUGAAGACUAGCUUACAGACUGUUUGUAGAUACCUUGUAGAGCAUUAUAACUGGAGAAUACCAGCAGGUCAGGACCUCUCCUACAAGUGGCUUCCUGUCUCUAGACCCAAGGAUAACACAGUGGCCUCGUUCACCCCCAGACUCCCCCAAGAAACAUCAACAACAAACUCCACUUAAUGAAGGAUUUGUCUUAGAAAUCUAUGUGGCCUUCAUUCCUGGUUGUCACAACCAAGUGGUUAAGAGCAUCGAAUUCAAGUUCUGAAGUUUAAAACAUCAACACAAAAACUCUGUACGUAUACUUGGAACUCUCGUCUCAGAAAUCUAUGCAGCCUUCAUUCUCAAAGGGGGCCCACCACAGACAUAUAAUACCUAUUAUAUGUCUGUGGUGUCAUGUCAUGGCCAAACAGAUUAGAGCAUCGCAGAUCAUUGAAUUCAAGUUGUGAUGGUUAAACCAUCAAUAAGAAACUCCCUUUUAUGAAGGAUUGUACGUAUACUUGGACCUCGUCUAAGAAAUCUAUGCAGCCUUCAUUCUCAAAGGGUGUCCACCACAGACAUAUAAUACCUAUUAUAUGUCUGUGGUGUCAUGUCAUGGCCAAACAGAUUAGAGCAUCGCAGAUAACGGCAGGAUAAGUUCUUUCAGAUGUAGAUAAAGAGCAUAACAGAGUAGGCGGAAUUGUUAUCAGUACUAAAUUCUACUUAGCAAGACAUUACUUUUGUGAUAGAUGGCGCUUUCAGAAUGGUCAUGCAACAUAGAUGGGCCAAUGUUUUGAAAUGGCACAACGUAUGUAUUCUUUCACUUUUUACAGAUGCAUAAUUUUCCUUGGCCAGGUUUUGGGUGCUUUCACUUAAAGUUCUCUCUUGCAAUACAUAGUUGUUUGUAUAGUGAAUAUAGAUAAAGUGGGCUGUCGGAAUGAUAAUUUUUCAUUGACGUCAUCACACUGUCACUUAAUAGGAAAAACUAAUGUGCAAUGGGCUAAUGUGCAAUGUUCUAUGGUUCUACAGCGAGGGUGCCAUGCUCAUGUGCACAAUAAGGUUAGUUUCCCCAGACUAAAGACAGUGUUACUAUGUCAUAUUUGUUAGGGAAAGCUUUUGUAUAGCAACUGCCAGAUGGGUAAAACCUGUCACCAUAGUGCCAUAUACAUUCAUUCAGAAUUGUGAAUGGGUGUUCACUGUCUCAUGCUACUUCGCUCUAAACCAUGAGGGUAGGGUGGGGAUGGUAAGAGUGGGAACACACUUGAACUGCUUUAGAAGAUUCAUUUGUGGGAAUAUAUUUUGGAUACUAUUUUAAGGAUACCUCAUGUUCAUGGAAUAAAUAUUUCAUGUUGAUUGGUCUUUAAAAUUAUACUUUUUAUGAGUACUGUAACAGGAGCUGCUUUGUGUGUAAUACAGAAUCAGUUUUCAGGUUAAUUUAGAAACACUAUAUUGAACCUGAUGUCAUCAUCGCAAUUCUUGGUUUCACCAUUUUGGGAGUCGAUGUCUCUGCGUGUUUAACAGAAUAAUGAACAUUAGAGCGAUGCGUCGUUUACACGCUUAUCUCAGUUCUGGAAUUGUAGGGAGGCAAUGGCCGCUGUUGCCCCGGUCUUGUCCUUGGUGCCCUUCAAAGGUUUUCCAUAGACUUUAGGAUUUUCCAAUGGUAGUGCCCUUUGCAAAAUGAAAAUGGCCUUGCCCUCUCGAAGACAAAAAUCCAGGCUUUUUACUGGUUAACUCCCAAAAUGGUGAACUUGGUAAAUGAUAUUGGUUCAAGAGUCUAUUCCGUAUUUUCUUCAGGCUUUUCACCUCAGGAAGAACAAAACAAAAUGUACAUUUAUGUCUCUAUUUAAGCUACAUAUCAUUACUAUUAUUUAUUGUGAUAAAUGCUACUGGUUUUAUAGGAAGUACUUAGAACUAGAUACUCCAUUUAUUUUGAUAUGAAGUGAACAGAUGUACUUAUUGUUUAAAUAUUAAUAACUCAGUUACAUCGUGGAUGUGUGUUUUUAUAUAUUAUAAAUAUUUAUCUCAAUUCGGGUCUCUUGUAGACCUAAGAUGACAGCAGACUUACCAGGUAUACAGAUGCAUCUAUAGACCUUUUCGCAAAUAUUUGGUAUGCGCGUAUUAGGGGUGAAUUGGGGAGCAUGCUGGUCUAGCUAGCGAUUAAGUUUGAUCGCUACUAGGGUCACUAGCUAGACCAGCAAUCCAGCAUGCACUUCAUUGAACAGUUAGCCGCUGCACAAUGGGUAUCUGCAAAAAGGUCUAUGGAUGUGCAUAUGUAUGGCCUACACACUCUCAAAGUGUAUAGGCAAGUUUCUACAGAAGGUACCCAUGCCCCCCCCCCUCUUUUUUUUGUCCAUAUUGGAUGCCAUUAUUAAAUUGCCGGAGUGUCCUGAAUUUUUAAAAUGACUGUGAUUGUGUUCACAGAACCCGGGAAAUUUUGAGUAUACAGUGCUAACAAACUUUGGUGUAAGGGUACAACCAAAAUUAAUAUGACAAGAUGUGUUAUUUGAGCAUAAAAGGAAGCUAAAGAGUUGGUUUCCAGGGGAGGGGGACACUGGAUAACCUCCCUAGAUACUCGACUAGUAAGCAACACCAAUUUUCCCCUGUACGUCUGCUGUUUGAAAGUAGCCAUUUUAUAUGUUGGGAUGUUUUUUUAUGUUUAAGUUAUUGACUAGUUUUGUUGCAAGUAUAUGUAAAUAGCUCUCGUUUGUUUAAGGUGUUUUUUUUGUGAAUGCCAAAUACCUCACUAUGAAUGCCCCUUUAAAAGGUUCUGGUGUUUUUUCAAAUCUUAUUUUUAUUCACAACAUUUUGUUUUACAUUGGGGCCAUUUAAUUACUUUUAGCCGUACACCAUAAAUGUUGGUAUUUUGUUUACACAAUUCGAUGGAACUAUUGCUGUUAUUGACUUCGUCUGUCAUCAACUUUUUUUGGUAAAGAUUAAUCAAUUUUAUCUCUGAAAGUAAUGUAGCAGAGCCAUUAAGAAACUGAAAAAUUUAUUUUGUAAAUCAAGCAAAACUUGU